GGAUCUUGGAUGCAGAUUCCCGCUGUCGUGACACCCCUAGUUCGAGACGGUCGUUGGGUCUUUAGGGUGGCUUGCCGAUAUGCCGUCUGAUGGUGACGAGUAUGAAGAUCGCCGUGCCACAGCGAAGCAGCAGAGGAUAGCUAUCUACACAUGCACCUUUCUACCUUUUACGACUCGUUCAGAUGGGACCCGUCCGUACAUCUGAUUUGUAUCGUCGUCGUUUGUUGGUUUCGAGUACGUCUUGUGUGUCCCUCUUGUUGUGAUCCUUUCCACACCAACAUUGGGCAAAUGGCUCUGUGUUCCAUCUCCCUAUAUACACAUUGGCUAACAUGGCACUCGGCUAUCUAUUUCGAUAUUGAGUUGCAAAUGGCCACGUCGAGUCCCGACGGUCAGGGCACAGUUUCGCAGAGAGGAACGACGAAUAAAGAAUGAAGGAUGCACGCCAAUACCAAAUCAUCACCAUCAUCGUCAUCAUCAUCACCAC